AUGGCGGAAAUUGCAUCACAGCAAACGCCACCUUUCGCUGAUAGCAGCACUGAUGACAAGGUAAACGAUAAAAUUUCUCAAGAAAAACGCCCUACGGUUCCGGCCGACUUAAAUUCAGAUUACAAACUUUUAAUGGAAUCUUGUUGGCAUCAAAAUCCUCGUGUUCGACCAAGCAUAGAAAUAGUUCGUUCUGAACUUCAAGUUCUAUUGAAUACAUCGAGUACACAAAACAAACCACAUGAUCUAUCCGUAAUAACAACACACGGAGUGCAUAAACUGCUUGAUGAAGAAUUUCAUCAUGUUUUCUCUACUGCACCAUCACCUUCAUUAUCAGUAAUAGGUUCAAUGGACGACGAAGACGAAAAUUCAUAUCCUAAGGCUUUAUAUCUGUUCGAUAGUAAACAUCAUAUUCAUGAGCAUGAUAAUAAUGUUCUGGAUUGGAAAGAAGUAAUGAGACUUCAUAAUAAGAAAUUAUAUGCGGAGGCCUAUCCACACCUAGAAGAGUACGCAAAAAGAGAGGGACCCAAUUCAAUUCAAGCAAAAUAUCUAAUUGGUUGGUACCUUCUUGAUGGACGAGAGGGUGUGAUUCAGGAUGAACGUGAUGCUAUGAAAUAUUUACGUCAGGUUUCUGACGAUUCUCCAACUCUUUACAAGGCCGCAGCACAAUAUUUGUUUGCGCGGGGGUGUUUGAAAGGAUCGAUGUAUGAUAAAGGGACUGGACUUGCCUACUUAGAAAUGGCUGUAAAAGCACGUGAUAAGCAUGCAUUGUUUUGGUAUGCUGAUAUUUUACUGAAUGGUGAACAUGAUUUACCAGUCGAUAUUAAAAGAGCCGAAGAAUUAUUUAAAGAGGCAAAAAGCCGUGGUCAUCCAGAUGCAGAAGAUGCGCUAGAGAAACUAAAAAGCAGUUAG